CCGGAAGUGUCGCAGGCGUGCAGCCGCUUGGUCUCGGGUGGAUCCUUCUUAAGGCAGAGGAGGUAGGGCUGUGCUCAGUGUGUGUCUGAUACCCGCCCGGUCCGGAGAGCUGAGGGUCUGGCUGUGAUUACUGGGGAGAUACAGGCAGGGUGUGCGGGGCCCGGGACUAACCGGAAGACAGGAGCAUCUGGCGGGAGUGCCGGAUAGUGAUAGGAUCAGCGCCGUGUGCACUGCAACACUUACCGUCACAGACACUUAUACUAAGACAGGCGGUCUUAUCAUAAAGAGUGGGGGGUAAAUACAGUGAGGAUUGCCAUAGAGAGUGGGGGUAAAUACUGUGAGGAUUGCCAUAGAGAGUGGGGGGGUAAAUACAGUGAGGAUUGCCAUAGAGAGUGGGGGUAAAUACAGUGAGGAUUGCCAUAGAGAGGUGGGGGUAAAUACGGUGAGUUGCCAUAGAGUGGGGGUAAAUGCAGUGAGGAUUGCCAUAGAGUGGGGGUAAAUACAGUGGGGAUUGCGCCAUAGAUAGUGGGGGUAAAUACUGUGAGGAUUGCCAUAGAAAUUGGGGGUAAAUACAGUGAGGACCGCCAGAGUGGGGGUAAAUACAGUGAGGAUUGCCAUAGGUGGUGGUAAAAUACAGUGAGUUGCCAUAGAGAGUGGGGUAAAUACAGUGAGUUGCCAUAGAGGUGGGGGUAUUAAAUACGGUGAGUUGCCAUAGAUGGUGGGGGGUAAAUACAGUGAGUUGCCAUAGAGAGUGGGGGUAAAUACAGUGAGUUGCCAUGAAGUGGGGGCAAAUACAGUGAGGUUGCCGCGCCAGAGGUGGUGGUAAAAUACAGUGAGAGUUGCCAGGAGGUGAUAAAUACAGUGGAAGUUGCCAUAGAAAUUGAGGGGUAAAUACAGUGAGGAUUGCCAUAGAUAGUGGGGAGGUAAAUACGGUGAGUUGCCAUGAAGAGUGGGGGUAAUACAGUGGAUUGCAUAGAGAGUGGUAGUAAAUACAGUGGAUGCCAUAGAGGUGGGGAAUAUACACAGUGAGGAUUGCCAUAGAUAGUGGGGGUAAAAUACGGUGAGGAUUGCCAUAGAGUGGGGGUAAAUACUGUGAGGAUUGCCAUAGAUGAGUGGGGGUAAAUACUGUGAGUUGCCAUAGAGAGUGAAGUAGAAAUACAGUGAGGAUUGCCAUAGAGAGUGGGGGGUAAAUACAGUGAGUUGCCAUAGAGAGUGAGGUAAAUACAGUGAAAGUUGCCAUAGAGAGUGGGGGUAAAUACAGUGAGGGAUUGCAUAGAGAGUGGGGGGCCAAAUACAGUGAAGUUGCCAUAGAGUGAGGUAAAAUACAGUGAGUUGCCAUAGAUGAUGGGGGUAAAUACUGUGAGUUGCCAUAGAGAGUGGGGGGUAAAUACAGUGAGGAUUGCCAUAGAGGUGGGGGGUAAAUACUGUGAGAGUUGCCAUAGAGAGUGGGGGUAAAUACAGUGAGAGUUGCCAUGAAUGAGUGGGGGUAAAUACAGUGAGGAUUGCCAUAGAGGUAGGGGGUAAAUACAGUGAGUUGCCAUAGAUAGUGGAAAUUAAAAUACGAGGAUUGCCAUAGAGAGUGGGGGAAUGCAAAUACAGUGAGUUAUACAUAGAGUGGGGUGAGGAUUGCCAUAGAGAGUGGGGGGGUAAAUACUGUGAGGAUUGCCAUAGAGAGUGGGGGGGUAAAUACUGUGAGGAUUGCCAUAGAGAGUGGGGGGUAAAUACAGUGAGGAUUGCCAUAGAGAGUGGGGGUACUGUGAGGAUUGCCAUAGAGAGUGGGGGGGUAAAUACUGUGAGGAUUGCCAUAGAGAGUGGGGGGGUAAAUACUGUGAGGAUUGCCAUAGAGAGUGGGGGGUAAAUACAGUGAGGAUUGCCAUAGAGAGUGGGGGGGUAAAUACAGUGAGGAUUGCCAUAGAGUGGGGUGGGGGUAAAUACAGUGAGCAUUGCCAUAGAGAGUGGGGGCACACUGUGUAAAUUCAGUCACUUCAAUAAGCCUGUACUGACUAUCUAUCAUAUAGUUAUCAGGGAGCAUACAGACUGGGUCACUGUGAGGACACCCUGUCCAGCUGGGUGUAGACUUGUGUGGGUAGCUUGCAGGGUGUAUGUGUUCUAGCACUGUGUGGAGAUGUCUGUCUCUGGGAUCCUUCCCUCCUGGGAUUUUGUGGAGGCAUGGCCUGCUCUCCUGGCCUGUCUGGUUGUGGCAUUGGUGGGCUGGCUUCUACGCCUAGGAGAGCGGAGACAUUGGAAGCAGUCUCACUCAGUGCCACCUCCUGCCACCACGCAACCUGGCUGCCAGCUGCUGCUAGGUGAGGACACUAUACAUGUGCCAUCUGUAAGUUGUAGUGUGUGUGGUUGGCAGUAAGGCAGGGAAAUAGGUUACUGUUUUAUUAUGAUUAAAUAAAAUAGGCAGAUGGCAUGCCAUUAUCUUAUCUUUCUGGUUUUGAUGCUUUCAAAAAUUAAAUGUGGCCUAAAAUGCCUGUCUGUUCUACAUUUCUGGACCUAUUGUUAAAAGUGUGGUGUUAAUAUAACUCUUGCUGCCAGUUGCUAUUUUUUUGUUUUGUUUUUUUCCCAGCAAAAAGCACCUGCAUUAAACUAUAGAUGGGCAAAUUAUUUUAAGCUAAACUAAGGCUGAGAGUCUAGAAUUUCAAGAUAAUAUAAAAAAAUAAUCUAUAUUAAAUCUGUAUUCCCCCUUAAUGUAACGUAGUCGGAGAGUGUUGACAUUUAAGAGUUUGUCUGCCAAAGAUUUUAAUAUUGUUCUUAUAAGGUGCAUGUUUCUUAAUAAACUUUUAUAGAGAUCAUUGUGUGAACAGCUCUUCCCCAGACAUUUUCAUUGUUUUCUUGAUCUAUCUCGUCCGAUAUUCAUUUUGAUUCCGAUUUCUGCAUUGUUGGCCCCAACUUUUUCUUGUUGAACUGAUCUCUGGUGGAGAUCUUUACUUUUGUGUAACUAAAUUUGCAAGUGCUCUAAGUCUUGUACAAUUUAAUGAACCUGUAUGAAUACACUCCGCCAUCGAAUAUCUUUGAGACUCUCGAAAUCUAUACUGGUGUAAGAUAGUCUAGUCUUUAAUAUAGGUUUAUCCAUUCUUGGAGAUGCAUGGUAUAUCCAUAUUUAAUUUUUUUUUAUUUUUUUUAAGCUUAUUUCUUAUUCCAUGGAAAUAUGCAUUUAUAUUACAAGUGAAACCACUUCAGUUCUUUAGAACAAUAGAGAAAUUAGUGGAAUACUUGAUGAUUGAAGAUCUAAUCCGUUCGAGACAAGCUUAGAAUUGUAGUACUUCCAGUGUGACUUGCAUCUGUUGGGAGGAAAGACUGCUGUUAGAUUCCUCCUGUCUUUGAGAUAUUCACAAAUGCAUGUGCUUUUAAUCAUUGGAAAUCAAUAUUCUACUCAAAGCUGUAACUUUUUUUUUUUUUAAAUUGCUUAUACUUCUUAUAACUCCAUAUAUAUAUUUUUAUGAGGCUAGAGCGAGAAUGUGUUUUAAUAUCAAAUGCUGAAAUUGGUUUGACAUGCAUCCGUGGUUUCUAAGUUUAUUACCACACCUCUUUCCUCAUAUUGUAACUGGAUUAAAAGAAAUAUGCCUAAAAUUUGCCAGGGCUAAUCCUGUUGUAAUUAUAGGUGAAAUAAACACUUCUCCGCUUUCAUCGUAUGUCUUGCUCUGUUACAGGAAGUGCAUAGUUUGUGCGUUAUGAUGUUGGCAAAACGUCUUGCCCUUCUAAAGAAGGAAUGCAUCCCAGUUCCAAAUAAUGAGUCAUAGUGGAGAUUUCUAUUUUUAGUUCAGUAGCCCAGGAGGAGCUGUGCGCUCCCCCAAAUUUAAACAGUUUAUAGCCACAUAGAAACUUUGUAUAAUAAGACUUCUCCAAUACCUUUCUAGUUGUUCAUGUGCCUGUGAUAUUAUUAAACCACUGAUGUUUGCCAAACUGCUUUUCUGCAGCAAUUUCUCAAUUAAACUGUGAACAGCUUUCUCUCCCCGCACUCUGAUUCCUCUCAUUCAACUGUCAUCAAAACAAAACACCAAGCCCUCAGUGAAUACUAUUCUAGCAACCUACUUUUCCUGACAUAUGGUGGCAGUUCAAUAGGGAUCUACUCUUCCCACGGGACAAGCAUCUGAAAUUAAAAAUUAACAUAAAAGUUCCUCCAGGUAUAAGGCACCAACCUGCCAUUGAACCUCAGUUCUCUUUCUUGUUCCAUCAGGAACGGAUGGCAUCUGAGGUUUUAGAGGUGAGAUUUUUCAGUCUCUAAGAUCUGUGUCUAUCUUUAAUUUUUCAACAAGUUUGUAACUUAUGUAUUGCAUAUAUGUCUAGUCCUGUCUCUCCAGAUAUUAUGGAUAAAGACAAGGUGCCUGCUCCAAAAAAAAAAAAAAAAAAAAAGCUAGUUUCAAAUAAACAUCUGAGUUGUAGUGAAUGCUCCACACCACUACCAGAUGGUUUAAAACGGAAAACCUGUAAUCAGUGUUUGUCCUUAUCGCUGGAAAUGUCCAAGCAACAGGACAUGAAGUCAUUCUUGUCUUGGUUUCAAGACAAUCUGGCCCAGACAUUUAAGUCAUUCAAAGAGUCUGCAAAGUCAAAGGUUACAGCUCUUGUUAAAGCAACCAAAGGCUAAAACGGAAGAGAUCUUUGUCUGGAUCAGAACUGUCCUCGGGCAAAUGUUCUAUUUCUUCCUAUUCGGAGACUUCCAGCGAAUUUUCAGUUACAAAACAAGUGGGUUUUUAUCAGUCCAUACAGAUGUUCAAACAGCAACUAGAUGCAUACUUGCAAAAACAGAAUCUUUUUUUUUUUUUUUUUUCUGAUGACACAUCAGAUAAAGCAAGUAGAAAAGCCCUUCCAGUUCAACAACAGAUUUUGGAACUUGUAUACAGAGAAUGGAAGAACCCUGAAAAAAGGGCAUUUAUUUCCAGACAUUUCAAGGGCAUUGUUAAACUACAGGGAGAAGACAAGUGGGAAGACUUGCAAGUUGCUCAGUUGUUUAAAAAGGCUAACCUACCGAUUGGAGAAGUUUCUGGUCUUGACACCUGUGGCCCGCAGGACACUAUGGCUUAAAGUCUGGGCGGCUGGUACAGCCUCAAAGUCUGCACUGUGCGAACUUCCUUUUGAGUGGAAGAAAUUUGUUUCUCCUUUUGGAAGAAUUCAUUCGACAAAUAUCCGAAACCAAACAGGCUCUCCCUCAGGACCGGACGUAUUCAUGGAAACCCAGAUACAAAUCUUCCAGUACAAGACCCGUAGGGGGUAUCAAGACAAACCCAGGUUUUUUACGUCAACAAAGGAAAGAUCCAAGGUUUUUACACACACACAAAGAUAUCAAGUCUGACAGAGCAAAAAGAUUGCCGCCAUAUGAGUGGGUGAACAGAUACAAUUUGCCUACAGAUGGAGGGAGACCAUUGCAAAUCCAUAGAUUUUUUUAUUUAUAGAGCCAGAACCGAUUUAAUCUGUAAACUUUAAGGCCGAUAACUUACCGAUAUUCGGUACAUUUACCAUUUUGAAAAAAAUAAACUAUUUCUAAAGGUAAAGGUACAAAAUAUACAUGCCACGUGUGGUGGAUGAAGUGUGUUUAGACAGGGGAGCUGUCUGUAUUUGUGUAGUGUGUGUGUGUGUGUAUAGUGGAUGCAGUGUGUUUGUGUAGUGUGUGUAAUUUGUGUAAAAUAUGGGGAGGGGAGGCAUUUUUAAUUGAAUAAAAAAUAAACCGUGGCAACGUUCUGACUCCACGGCUCUCGCGAGACUUAAGAGGGAGCUGACUGGACCGGAGGGGAGAGAGAAAGGAGCUGCAGGAAAGGUAAGUUACAGCUCUCUGCCUGCCCCCAACAGGACUGCCGUGCUUCUAAUGAGCCCGGCGGUCCUGGUCUGUAUUAUGGCAAUGUAAGUUACCAUAAUACAGACAGUGACUCGAGUAUAAGACGAGUGGGGGUUUUUCAGCACAAAAAAUUUGCUGAAAAACUCAUAUUAUACUUGAGUAUAUAUGGUAUUUUUUUAAUCAGCCCCCCCCCCUCCCUGCUUGUUACCUGGCCAGGGAGGGGGGCAUAAACUGUGCAGUGGGGGGCACAGCAAGCGCGCUUCCAAGCAGCUCCCUAGUGUAAAUCUCACGGCCUGUGUGCCGCGCGGAGAAUUGCCAUGGUAAACCGCGACAACGCUCUAAUGGUCGCAGGACUCACAAUAUUUACACUGGGGAGCUGCUUGUAAGGUAAGUAAGCGCUUGCUGGGCCCCCCAGGACCUCUGGGCUUGUCAUGGGUCCGGAGGGCCUGGUCUGCAAUAUCUCUAUUUGCCGAUACCGAUAUUGCCGAAAAUACUGAAUAUCGGCCAGACCAAUAAUCGGUCGAUCCCUAAUUCUGAAUCUGGUUGCGAAAAGAUACAGAAUAAAGUUCUUAGGUGUUCCAAAACCAAAUCCUCUUCUCUGCUAGGGUCACUCUUUUAACCCCUUAAAGACACAACUUCUGGAAUAAAAGGGAAUCAUGACGGAAUAUUUCCGUCAUGUGUCCUUAAUGGGUUAAAGAAAGGUGUUGUAGAAAAAUUUCCAAGUACCCAGCUAUAUCGGGGUGUCUACUCCCGGUUGUUCCUGGUCCCAAAACCAGAUAUGUCCUUUUGUCCCAUGUUUGAUCUGAAAGAGCUGAACAAGAUGGUUCCAUACCAGCAUUUCAGAAUGGAAACGAUAGCAUCAGUCACUCAUAUCCUUCAAAUAGGGGAUUUUAUGGCGACUUUGAAGGUAGGCAUCUUUAAAAUCCACAUUGCAAUGGACGUAGGCAAAAGAAAAUACCUGUGGUGUGCCAUAAGAAAAGGUCACAAGGUUUAUCACUUUCAAUUCAAAGCCCUUCCAUUCGGUCUCUCCUCGGCUCACAGCAUUUUUACAACUGUCCUAAUGCCUAUCACAGUUGUUUCAUACUUGGACGACUGGUUCAUAAAGGCAAAUUCAAGAGACUCUAGAGUCGGAUGUGGUUUACACCCUCAGAAUUCUGAAAGAACAAAGAACAUGGCUGGGUUAUAAACUUAGAAAAAUCCUGUCUGCUUCCUACAAGGUCAAUUCAGUUUCUAGGUAUUUUUUUUUAUUUUUAUUUUUUUUAAAUCAAGUAAGACAUUGUAUUCACCUAACUGGAGUAAAAUGAUCCAAAGCAGAAUCAAGGCCUUUACAAUGGGAAAUUCUUGCGCAGUGGUCAAAGAAAGACUUGGAUGCUUCGAGAAGUGUAUAUCAGAUCCUGUAAAAAGACAACUAACUUGGUGGCAAAAGACCAGUUUCAUGGCAGGUCUAUCUUUUCGACCAAAAAACUGGGCCAUGAUUACAAUGGAUGCUUCAAAUACAGGUUGGGGGGCUCAUCUGCAGUGUCACUUAAGGCAAGGCACAUGAUCCGACGAUAAAAAAAGGGAAUCUUCAAAUUACAAGGAGUUUAUAACCAUCUUAUACCCUCUUCAUCAGUUCAGAGCUCUCAUUGUGGAGAAAACGAUGAAAAUUCAUUCAGACAAUCAGACUACGGUGAAUUACCUGAACAAACCAGGAGGUACGAGGGUGAGAAAAUUGCAGUCCCUUUGCCACAAAGAUUAUGUCCUGGGCUCAAAGUCCUCUAGAUGACCUGUCCGCUAAUCUCUUACGAGGGAUAGACAACAUUAUAGCAGACUAUUUGAGCUGAUCAAAAUGGUCCCAGAACGAGUGGUCUCUGAAUCCGGUCAUUUUUUCUCAUCUAGUAAAGAUUGUCUGCCUGUCAUCGAUCUAAUGGUAAGAAGAUCAAAUGCAAAGGUGAUCACAUUUGCUUCCCUCUUCAAAGCAGACAUGCCUCUGGUUCUGGAUGGACUGUUGUUCAAGUGGGACUUCAGCCUUGCAUACAUUUUUUCCCCCCGUGAGCCUAAUCCCAAGGAUUCUGCUCAAGGUGAAAACAGAACAAGCAAUGGUGCUGGCCAUAAACCCAUACUGGCCAAAUUGGAGGUGGGGGAAGUGCAGAUGGACGUCUGUUUGGUAAGUGGGGAGGUCUCCCUUCAAUGACGGGAUGCUAUAGUACUCUUGUCACCAUAGCCACAUAAUACAGAAAAUUCUGCUGCAAGCCAUAGAUACAAUAAGCCAAAGUAGAGAUGGAGGUUGACAAAAGCAGAGUUCCAUUGUCAACUUUUGCCCAAUCCCAGCAGCCGACUUAUGGUGUCUGUGGGAGUCAGACUCUACGGAGGAUCCCUCCGUGUUGUGGGAUCGUCUAUAGGCCUCAGUGUUCUCUUGCACUUGCACAGGAGUACAACACCGAUGUGACAUCAGGCAACAAGAGGACAAUAGUUUAAAGUUGCAGUUGUUUCAAGGGACAGCCUGAGGUAAAUAAAACCUCACCUGUGGCCACGAGACCCAAAUAGAAUGUCACUUUCGGGUGAUCUUUUCAAAAUAAACCAAAACUCCGAAAUUGAUCCGCUUCAAAAUCACGGCUUGCUGGAAGUAAUUCCCUUAUUAUUUAAUAUAUCUGUAUAAUUUAAAGGCGCUGUAGCUACAAAGUAAACCAUAGCAGAUACAUUUUCCCAGCCCAGGAAGAGACUUUGCCAACUUUAUGGUUUGUGUGGUCUGAUUUGUAGUAUUUAAUGAGGCUGUGCAUAGUGUUUCGUAGCAGCUGACUUUGUGUGCAUCCAGCCAAGAUUUGGACUCUUUAUCACAACCAAUAAGGGAAGCUGGGUUUGUUUGGUUGGAUGAGGAAGUGUUUGUAAGCACCCCUCUCUCCCCACAGUUAGAUUAUAUGUAUGUAUUUACACUGUUUAUGGUUGCUUCCUUUUCUUCUUGAUUUUUGUAUAUAUGUAUCCCAGCUUUUCAAAACUUAAUAUUUUAGUGUAAUUAUUUAAAUGAGUCAUUUAAACCUCUCUGACUAUAUAUGGACCCAGGUAGGACACUGCUUAACUUGUGAAUAUUGCAAAAUACCGUAGCAGAAUCCUUUUAGCAGCAUGGAGAAAAAUUAAAUGUUGGGGUGUGGGUGUGGUGUAUAUGUAUAUAAUAGAAAAAAAAAAGUAAUUUGCUAAUUUCUGCUUGAAAUCUAUUACUUUUUCUGUCCUCUUUCUUAGUGGAGCAGAGAAUGGAUAAACUUCUUAGCCAACUAAAGCUUCUGGACCCUGAUGAGCUUCGAGAAGAAAUACUGAAAGCUGGCUUAAAGUGUGGUCCAGUCACCUCAACCACCAGGUUUAUCUUUGAAAAAAAGCUAGCUCGUGCUUUAUUGGAACAGCAAGGUGUGGCUUCAUCAGAGAUUUUAAAUCCAUCUCAUGAAAGUCCAAUCACUAACAAUGGACAACCGCAAUACUACACUAAGCAGAAACACACAUCUGAUGAACAGGAUUUUGGGUACAGUGUUGGUCUGAACCCACCUUCUGAAGAACCAUCUUUGAUAGACAAGGAUUUUGUACCUGUGGAGAGGUCUGUUUAUUCUUCUCAGGCUUGCUCCCAGAUGAAUAAUAAAGAACCCUCUUUGUACUAUGCAGUUUGCCCGGUGCUUGAGGAUACACUGGCAAGAAAUGGUAAGCUUAAGUAUUUUUUAUAGCAGUGAAAAGCUUUAACGUUUUAUAAGACUGGUCCUAAAUUUUUGCUUCCUUCCCCCUCCAAUUCUUUCUUUAUGAAUCGAGCAAUGUAAACAGUACAGAUGUCAAAGUAAAAAUGUACCAGUUGCUCACAUUAGGUUGAUAUUACUGGAAUUACAUCAUCGAUGAUAGGAGAGGUGUAGGGAUAGAGUGGCGGGGGUGGCAGGAUAGGAACCCUGCUGUGAAAAUAUUACAUUAAAGUACGCACAAACUACAAGGAGGAAGUGUUGUCUUGCAAUGCAGUCAAGCGAUUGAUUAAAUGAGUGACCUUUUGUCUUAAACCUCCCUGAUUAAUUGGGGGCGGGGGAAAAAAGUAUCAAACUACUAUGCAGCCAGUGUUUGGGGUGUGGUUGUGGUUUUUUUGUUUGUUUGUUUGUUUUUUUCUCUUCUUCGGGAAAACCCUCCAGAGGCCUGGAUAGAAGAAACAGCUGAAGAUAGAAUCCAAAUGACCUCUGGAAGGCAGUAACCAGUAGGUUCCCCCCCCCCCACACACACACAAAUAAGUUCCACGUUGGCCACAUAACCACCAACAGGUAUAAGUGGGUCUUUACCCAAGUGAAAAGGGCUAUACAGGAGUGGGGGGGGGAGAAGGGCAUGUGAGAGAGAGAGGGAACACAAAUGGAAAGCCCAGAGGCUGCCACCAAAAGGUCCUCUCGUGAGUUACCAUUUAAUAGCUCUCCUAGAUCCUGUUCCUACAGGGCUUUAUAAUAGAUUUAUUCCAAUUCUGCAAUAUUGGGUCUUUUUAUUUAUUUUAUUUUUUUUUAAUACCACAAGUCCAUAAUAUAAUGUAAUCUGGACAAUUAAAUAAGAUUCAGCACUAUAGCACAAUUUAUUUCCAACAGCAUUUUUAUACUUCUAACCAAGGAUGUUUCGGUGGGGAACGAUACGAUGGUUUACUGCCCUAUAAGAUGGCUAUGACUUGUUGAUAUUAACAAAAACAAUAUAAUAAAGUGUGUGUGUGGAAAAAGCACUUUUAAAAUGACUAGUAAAAUUAUUAGCAGCUAACAACUCCCCCACCCCCAAAACAAUGCUAAAACCCCAAAAGUAAAACUCUUGUGAUAGUGGAACACUAAACUAGGAUUAUCUUACCCUUCAUAUAAGUGAUGCAUAGGACGUUUGAGGUAGCAAUACAAAAAAAAAGCAUAUAGUGCAGAUGAUAAAUACAAUUACACACAGGUAACUAGGAACACUCACAUGAAUGGCAGCCUGAAAGUAACAAGGCUCCUUAUCAGCGUAGCCGUGCUUCUAAGAUGGCACAACAACUUUCUUCUAGAAUGGAUAUCACUCUCGAAAGAAGAUAGAAAUACAGUAUUGGAACAUUCAAUGUAACUACCAUGUGUUGAUUAUACAAUGUAACAAUCCAUCAUGUAAAUCUGUUGCUUUAUGCCUAUUGUGAUCCCUCCCUCUCGACAACCCCCCUUCUUUCUGUACCCCAAUCCCUUUGAUAUAAACCAGUAAAAUUGAAAUUAAACAAAAAAAAAGAUAGAAAUACACAAUAGUGCAGGAUGCAAUACUUCAGUAGAGAAAAUGAGUGAAGAUGCAGUUGUUGCUCACAUUGACUAGGGCCGUCAAGUCUAGGUUAAAAUUCUGUCACUUCCCAAUAACUGGAUGCCAAGUGGAUAAAAAACUGCAAAGAAUUAUGAACAAUUUUAGUAAUUACAUAACUAAAACCACAACGUACAGUGGCAGUUGAAUAAAGGCUAAAACGCAUUUUGCCUGCUAAAAUUGGCUUCUUCAUUAUUUUUACAGUCUGGUUAAUUUGUUUUAUGCAACAAGCGAAUUAAAAACAAAACAGGGCAACUUUAGAGAAAAUGGUAAACAAUAAAAAUAUAUAUUACAGUGGGGGGUGUGGGGUGUAUUUGAUCCCCUGCUGAUUUUUAACAUUUUCCCACUGACAAAUGAUCAGUCUAGAAUUUUAAUGGUGGGUGUAUUUUAACAGUGAUAUACAGAAUACCAAAAAAAAUAAAAAUCCAGAAACGUUUUUAUACAUUGAUUUGCAUGUCUGUAAGUGAGAAAUAAGUAUUUGAGAUAUAUAUAUAUAUAUAUAUAUAUAUAUAUAUAUAUAUAUAUAUAUAUAUACAUACACACACACAUAGAUACAGUGGAACCUCGGACCUCAAACUUAAUCCAUUCUAGAAGGCUGUUCGAGAACCGAAUCAACAUUUCCCAUAGGAAUUAAUGAAAAUUUGUUUAAUCCAUUCCAAACUCCCAAAAUUACAUGGAUGGGGAUAGGUAACUGUUCUUCUGACAUAACAGACAAAAGCAUAUAAAAUGGCUGUAUCCAGUUCAAAAUAUCUAAUAACCCUCUUUCCUCUGCUUGUAUCCUUAUGUCAUAGUCCCUCUUCCCUUACUCGUGUCCCUUUGUCCUCCUGGUGUCCUCAUAUUUCCUCUUUCUCCUUAUAAUAAUUCUGUCCAGAUCCCUUUACUUGUGUGCUCUCCGGUUGUCCUCUUCCUAUAUUCCCCUCUCUCCCUUUACGGAGUCCAUAUUUCCUCAUCUCACACUUGUAUCCCAUGCUUCCCCACACUUGUGUCCCUCUGUGAAUGUCACGUGAUGUGUUCGGGUACCGAGACAUUUUAGUUCGACUUCCGAAUUGUUCGAGAACGGGAAAGUUCGACUUCCGAGGUUCCUGUGUGUAUGUGUGUGUGUGUGUGUGUGUGUGUGUGUGUGUAUAUAUAUAUAUAUGUGUGUAUAUGUAUAUGUGUGUCUGUGUGUGUGUGUAAACGUCGCUUUAUUCUUUGCAAUAAAUGAAGAUUUAAAUAUAUGGAAAUCCUUGAGUGCCGUUUUUUUCCUUCGCUUAUGGUUCAGCCACCAGAGCACCAGGUAUCCUGUUUUGUUAUAGUUGGUAUCUUGUUUUGUUAUAUAUAAACCUGCACUCCAGCUAUAACAAAACAAGAUACCUGGUGCUCUGGUGGCUGAACCAUAAGUGAAGGAGUAAACCGGCACUCAAGGAUUUCCAUAUAUUUAAAUCUUCAUUUAUUGCAAAGAAUAAAGCGACGUUUCAGCCCGUAUAUGUGUGUGUGUGUGUGUGUGUGUGUGUGUGUAUAUAUAUAUAUAUAUAUAUGGCUUAUUUCGGGGAAAAACAGUUGCAAGCAGGUCUACAUUCGGGGGAAUUCCUCCGAACAUUAGUUAAAUCUAGUGUCCAUUUAAAUGUAAAAAAGUGUUGAUUGUAACUCUCUCAUUCUUCUAGAAAAAGUUCACAUUUAUACAGAUAAGAAAGAAGCUCUUCAGGCUGUUAAGAUUAUGAAGGGUUCAAGAUUCAAAGCUUUUCCAUCAAAAGAUGAUGCAGAGAAGUUUGCCAGAGGCGCAUGCGACUACUACCCAUCUCCAAGCAAGAUGUCAUCUCUGCCACAGUCGCCCAUGCAACAUACACCAUCUUUUAGAGGUGAGCUUACAGUUCAAUUUUUUUAGUCACCAUGGUGACUAGAUGUUUGCCCCCACUGGCUGAUGGGUAAGUCCCGUUAAAGAGAUAUUAUAGGUACCCUGACUUCAUCUCAUUGAAGUGGUCUGGGUGCAGUGUCCCUGCCCCCCCUUAGUUCUGCAAUGUAAAACACAGCCACUAGAGGCACUUCCAAGAGCUUACAGUCUCUAGGUUGCCUAAGUAACGUACAUGUGCAUUAGGUCCCCUUGGAGGAUACUGAGCGCUGUGCUGAGUAUUGGGUAAGUGACUAGGGUUUUUUAGCCAUUCAUGUGCUGAGUGGGGGGAGCAAGGGAAGGGGGUACCAGAGGGCACUAUAGUGUUAAGAACACAGAUUUGUAUUAAUAACACUAUUGUAUCCCUUUUAAACCCAAAUGUUGUUUCAGAUAUCCCCUCUCUACAAUUGUAAAGUGCUGCAGAGUGUAAUGAUGCUGUAUAAAUUUAUAAUCAUAUUAAAGUGUGUUGGAGUACAUGUUUAUUUGGGGGGGUGGGGUUCCUUUUGUUGCUUGCCAUUCUAAAAGGUGGUAACUAAAUCGGCUACAAAAUAAAUGUUGCCAUAUAGUUAAAGAAAAUUAACAUAACCGCUCCGCCCUUGUUUAUUGAGAUUUGGGAACUUCCUAUCUCAUUCUUUUCUAUAAGCCCCUGUCGCAGCCCAGAGGGAGGGCCAGUCACUGAAGUACCGUAUUUAUCGGCGAAUAACACGCACUUUUUCUCCCUGAAAAUAGGGAGCAAAUUGUGGAUGCGUGUUAUACGCCGGCCUUUUAAAUACUGCAGCCGCCUGAGCGCUCAGGUGGCUGCAGUUGGUACUCACCUCCCCUCCCCUGUAGCGUGGCCGGGCCGCUCUGCUGUCCGCGGUGGCCGGCUGGAGUGAUAGGAAGGUGCACGCUCAGUGUGCACCUUCCUGUCAGUCCGACCGGGUACAGGAAACAGAAACUCCUGUUCUGCGUGGGGGCACCCUCAGGGCACUAUAGUGCCAGGAAAACUAGUAUGUUUUCCUGGCACUAUAGUGGUCCUUUAAGUUUUUUUUCCCUGAAAUUUCUCUCUUAAAAUGAGGUGCGUGUUAUACGCCGAUAAAUACGGUACUCAUCCUCUGCCUUUUAUGGGCUGUGACUCUUGUUUUGAGAGGUGUGGCAAGAGCUCUGUAAACAGAGUGAUUUAACUCCUUAUGACAGAGAAUUGAGCAUUGAGACUGCAUGAUGUAUACAUUAAUCCCCCUUCUUUAAGUUCGAUGUGAACCUAGACCUUCUAGUCACCCUCUCUACUCCUGUUGGCAAUGGUUUAGGCUGGCUCUAUCUUUACAUUGAUUUUGUUGGGGAAUUGCUCAAAGCAUUGAAUUACUGGAAAGGUGAAUACUGUGUGUCUGUCUGUUUUGUUUUAGUUCCCAAGAAAGCAUAUUUCUAUUUGCAUUGCAUUCUGAGUUUAGUCUGAAAAAUAUUCUUUGACUUCAUAGAUGCACCAUCCUCUCCAGAGGUAGAAAGUAUCAACAAGGAGAAAGCAAAUAGCUUCAAGAGCCCCAGAACACAAGAUCUGACCGCUAAAUUGAGAAAGGCCGUGGAGAAAGGAGAUCUGGCUGCCUUUUCAGACCUCAUUUGGAGCAACCCUCGUUAUCUUAUAGGUUCUGGAGACAACCCAACUGUAGUUCAGGUAGUACGAUUUUGUGCACCAAAGAUUUAGAUUGAUUAUUCUAAAUGUAAAAGGGAGUUGUGAAAAGUCAAAAGAUGUAUAGAAUAACUAACUUUCAUGCUGGAUUAUGUACAUAUGAGUAAUGUUCGACAUGUUUAUCGUGUGUAGAUUCUCCAAUGAUAUAUUUAAAAUACACAGAAGGCUUUUGGUGUAAUUUUAAUUUCAACGUGAGAUGGGAUGAGUGGCAACUUUAAAGGCAUAGUAUAGGUAUAAAAAAAAAAAAAAAAAACUUGUUAAAUCAAGCGGAUUGGGUCUGUUGAUGAUGCCCCUGCAAACUACCUGUUCAGUUAUCUGAUAUUUAGGAUGUAAAUCUUAUUACAAUUUUUAUUUUUUAUUUUUUUAUUAUGCAGCCCUAACUACACAUCACCUGACUGUGACACAUACACAGCCUGUAUGAAACCUUUCUUCAUUUUGAAUCAUGUUAACUUGCUUUACAAGUUUUUAUCUCCUGCUUUUAUAAAUUGAACUUUACUCUCACACACGAGGAGGCUCUUUUUAGGGAUCUAGAAGAAUAACAUGAGAAUACAUUCUAAAUUAAACAGACUGUGCAAUAAAGGAAGUGUUAAAAGAACACUAUAGUCACCAGAUCCACUACAGCUUAAUGUAAUUUCGGGUGUCUACAUUGAAUAGCCUUCUGGGGCGAGCUAUAAAUGCUGCCUUUUCAGAGACGGCAGUGUUUACAUUGCUGCCUAGUAACACCUCUAGUGGCAGUCACUCAAGCAGCCACUAGAGGUGCUUCCUAUCACUUGCAGCACCUACAUUCAGAGUUUCCACGCUCUGCAUGCAGGCGCUGAACUUUCCCCAUAGGGAUACACUGCUUCAAUGCAUCUCUCCUCUCAUGAGGAGAUGUUGAUUGGUGCAAGGCAGCAUUUUGCUGCACAUGCGCAAUAGCCUCCCAAUGCUUUUCAAUGGGAAAGCAUUGGGUUGGUUGAGAUAAUCAAAAUUUAGUGAUCUCCGCCAUGGAGGCGGUGCUAGCUGCAACGAGAUUGGCGAGGUACAAAAGCUUUUACGUAUUUCUGUAUAACAGAGUGCACAAUUAUUUGCUAAAUUUAACAGAUUGAAAAAACUAAAGGUUAUAGUCAAAGGUUUUGGCACCAUGUCAGUCAGUCGUAAUAUCACCUUUUAGCAGAAGUAACAGCCUUUAAACACUCCUUGUAGCAACCCAACAGUCUUUUACCUACUCUUCCUUAUAGACUAAUCUAGUCUGAGAACUCUGUAGGCCAUUCCAAAAACUCUUCAAAUAGUUCAUUAGUUUUGUGGAGGGAUUUGAAUCUGUGUAUUGUCUGAAUACUGCUUCAGUUUGCUCUCUGGCUAAUUUGACUUGGUUUCUAUUGAAUGUAGGAAGGGUGCAGGUAUAAUGUGAUGCAUGUGGCUGCCAAGGAGAAUCAAGCUGGGAUUUGCCAGCUAUUGCUGGAUACCUUGGAGAACCCAGAAUUCAUGCGUCUUAUGUACCCAGACGAUGAUGAAAUAAUGCUCCUGAAACGCAUCCAGUACAUUGUCGAUCUCUAUCUGAAUACACCAGAUAAGAUGGUAAUUGUAAAGUAAACACUGGCAUUUCUUUAGACACAACUUGAUUAUUAUUAUUAUUUUUUUAUUUUAUUUUUUGUGGUUUAUUUAUUUUAUUUUUUUUCUUCAUCCUUUCUUGGUUUCCUUUAGGCGUUUGAUACUCCCCUGCAUUUCGCCUGUAAGUUUGGUAAUGCAGAUGCGCUGAAUGUCUUAAGCUCGCAUCCUGAUAUUAUAAGGAAACCAAGAAAUAAGUACAACCAAACUCCAGAAGAGGUAAGUUUUCUACCUGCCCCAUCUCCCUGGUGAUCACUUAUCCUUUUACACAGUAAGUGAAUUUACAUUUAGACUUUCCAGAAAACAUUCAGUUCUCAUUUGACAGUUUUUUUUUUAAUGUGUUUAUAGGGAAUUUGUGGCUUGCUUGCAAGGAGCAUUCUAUAAAAUACUGUUUUGUCUCUCAUGGAACUGAGCAAGGGGCUUAGGCAUUGGUGUGCCAUGUCAUAUUUUUGUACAAUGCAUAUGUAGCAUGGGUAGAGUGAGGCAGAUAUUUAGCAUGAUUGUGAAAGCCUUUCUGCAAGUUUGAGGGAGGUAAAUUGCAGGUCUGGUUUUUUUUUUUUUUUUUUUGUCACUCUGGUAUUUUGACUUAUUUUUCCAAGAAGUCAAGUUUGUUAGAAGCACAGCAACUGCUAUCGACUCUGUAGUAUAGGAGGCUUAGUUGGUGUCCAUGGUUAAAGUGGGAGGCCACAGGGAUUGUGUAACUGAAGCUUUCAUGUAUGCCAUACAUCAUGCGAUCUGUCUGAUAUUGGCAACAAUUGGGGACUGCAGUCGCAGAGGAAAGAUUUAUUUUUUUGCACAAUUCUAUGUUUGCAUACAGUAAUCAAAUCUAAGAACAACAAACCCUGAACACGACUUGUUGUAUUUUUUUUUUUAUUUUACUUUUUUGGGGGUAUUUUAGUGUGUAUGUAUGUAUAUAUAAUAUAUAAUAUAAACAUUUUCUUUUACAUUUUUUUUUUCCCCUAGGUUAUAUGUGAACGAAGCAAAAAUAAAUCUGCGGAAUUAAAAGCAAGAAUGAGAGAAUACCUCCAAGGUUUGUCUUGCACUUGGACAAACACAAUUUUUUUUUUUUUCCUCUCUCUUUUACUAUAUUCAGUUAUAUAGAACAAGACCUGUUUAGUCCCUUUGCUACGGAAUACUUUGAUUGGGGAGUCAUAUGUAUUUGACGCAAGUGGUGCAUAGCAUAUAAACAUAACACAGCAAUUUUGUGUUUGUUUACAUUUGUCUGCAAAGUAAUAUAAACUAUGUAAAUGUACCUUUUUUUUUUUUUUUUUCCAGUUUUGUUUAUUAAAAUAAACCCUGCCUUUUCUCUGCAAAAGAUAGUGUUUACAACAACAAGCCUGCAGAGACUGACUACUCACCAGAACAACUACAUUAACCCCUUAAGACCGGAGGGCGUACAAUUACGCCCUAUUUUAGGCGGCUCUAAACGCCGCCGGGCGUAAUUGUACGCCCUCCGGUCUUUCAUUACUUACCCCGUCCGCCGGCGAUCGCGGUGGGGGGAGGACUCCCAGGGAGCCCCCCCGCAGCAGAUCCUCCUCCUCCGUUCCGGCCAUGUGCGAGUGAGGUCUUUGUGAGGACCUCACAAUCACAUGGCCGGGUAGGCUGCCUCCUGCAUUGCCAGCAUGGGGGGCUGCCUGUAAUGACAGAUGGUCCCCCUGCUGGCUAAAAAUAAAAUAAAUUAAAAAGUGUAAAAAAAAUAAUGUAUACUUAGAUUAUUUAUAUAUAUAUAUAUAUAUAUAUAUAUAUAUAUAUAUAUAUAUAUAUAUAUAUAUAUAUAUAUAUAUAUAUAUAUAUAUAUAUAUAUAUCUAUAUCUCUAUCAAAUUACACGUAGACUAAUACUGAUUAAAUAUAUAUAAUUAUUAUUAUAUAUAUAUUUAUAUAUAAUAUAAAAAAAUUAAAUAUGUAAAUACGUUAAAAAUAAAAUUAAAAAAUAAUUAGAUGUGUUAUUUCGUUCUAACUGUAUUGAUAUUCAUAUAUUUAUAUAAAAAUACACGUAGAACGAAAUAAUAUACAUCUAUAUAUGUGUGUAUAUAGGGGUGUGUGUGUGUGUGUGUGUGUGUGUGUGUAUAUGUGUGUGUGUGUGUAUAUAUAUAUAUAUAUAUAUAUAUAUAAUAUUUUUACAUAAUUAGGUAUUUUAAAUAAUUACAAUUAGCGGGACCUGCCUGACAACCCAUGCCGAAAGUAAAGGGAAUUUAAUUUGCUAGCACUAUAUUUAACCCUAUAACUUUCCAAGACACCAUAAAACCUAUACAUGGGGGGUACUGUUCUACUCGGGAGACUUCGCUGAACACAAAUAUUAGUGCUUCAAAACAGUAAAGUGUAUUACAACGAUGAUAUCGCCAGUAAAAAUGAAGUUUUUUGCCUUUUUCAUGCACAAACAGCACUUACACUGACGAUAUUAUUGCUGUGAUACUUUUUGCUGUUUUGAAACACAAAUAUUUGUGUUCAGCGAAGUCUCCCGAGUACAACAGUACCCCUCAUGUACAGGUUUUAUGGUGUUUUCAAAAGUUACAGCAUCAAAUAUAAGGCUUGCGUUUCAUUUUUUUUCACAUUAAAAUAAGCCAGAUUGGUUACGGUGCCUUUGAGACCCUUUGGGAGCCCAAGAAUGAAAAUUACCCCUAUGAUGGCAUACCAUUCGCAAUAGUAGACAACCCAAGGUAUUGCAAACUGGGUAUGUCCAGUCUUUUUUAGUACCCACUUAGUCACAAACACUGGCCAAAAUUGGCGUUUUUUGCAUUUUUCACACAAACAAAUACUAACGUUAACUUUGGCCAGUGUUUGUGACCAAAUGGCUACUAAAAAAGACUGGACAUACCCCAUUUGCAAUACCUUGGGUUGUCUACUAUUGCAAAUGGUAUGCCAUUAUGGGUGUAAAUUUCAUUCCUGGGCUACUAUAAAGUCCCAAAGGCAACGUAACCAAUCUGGCGAAUUUCAAUUUCAAAUGUAACUUGCUAUAUUUGACCCUGUAACUUCCCAAAACGCCAUAAAACCUGUACAUAGGGGGUACUGUUUUACACGUGAGACUUUGCUGAAUACAAAUAUGUGUAUUUUAUUGCAGUAAAAGCAAACAGUAUUAUGACAUUGACAGUUAAAAUGUCAUGUAGAACUAAAAAAAAAAAAAAUCUUAUUUUCUCCCAUUUUUUUCAUAUUAAAUUAUGUUUCAUAGCUAAAUAUUUGAUAUUAAAUGAAAGCCCUGUUUCCCCUGAAUAAAAUGAUAUAUAAUAAGGGUGGGUGCAUUUACUAUGAAAGAGGUGAAUUACGGUUGGACAGACAUGUAGCGCAAAUGCCAGGUUUUGUUUACAUUUUGUUUCGUUCACAACGUGUACAUUUGGCUCCGUUCUUAAGGGGUUAAGCUGUAGUUGUUCUGGUAACUAUAGUGUCCUUUUAAAGACAGGCAAUCAUAAGGCUUAUGACCCUACUGAAGGUCCAGCAUUUCUUGUAGCACUGGGCCUAGUAGACCAUUUACCAGCAACACUGUUUGGGAUAAAAUAUUUCUAACCAACAGUUUCUAUGAUACAUGUGACAGAUGCUAUUAUUGUUUUGAUUCUAUCUAUCUAGCCUUUGCGACAAGUUAAUCGUCCUUUAAAUAUAAAAUUAGGUAUUCACCUUUUGUGACCUAUUAUGCAGCUCCUUAUUUCUGCUUAUAAUGUAGAAUACAUUUAUGCCUCAUUAAAAAGUGACCAAAAAAAAUACUUUGCUUAUGUAUUCUUAAAGGCAUUUCUUGCAGACAUGGCAGCAGAAUGUUACCCAAAAAAUUAAAUAUUUGAGCACAUAAUGAACACCUACUGUGAAAUCCUAUCUCUAAAAUAAAAGUAUUUCAAACUUGUGUAGCAAUUAUCACUCUCUGGGAUGUAAAAUGUUGGUUCAGUCACUGUUCCACCAGCCUUGAUUGUAGGAAUGCAUCUUCCUGUACUGUUUAGAAGCAGGAGUGAGGUCACAUUCUCAUUAAAGGAUCACUAUAGUGUCAGGAAAACAAACUCGUUUUCCUAACUCUAUAUCAUCCUUAAAACCCCUCCACCCUCAGGGUCCCCCUCCCGCUAGGCUGAAGGGGUUAAAACCCUUUCAGCCACUUACCUUAAUCCAGCGCCGGGCUCCCUCUGCGCUGGUGACGUCUCCUCGCCCGCUGACGUCAGAUCCCGCACGCGCAUUCAAACAGUCCAUAGGAAAGUAUUUCUCAAUGCUUUCCUAUGGAUGUUCUGCACGCUGGAUGUGAGAUUCGCAUCCAGCGUCGGGGAAGCGCCUCUAGCGGCUGUCAGGAAGACAGCCACUAGAGGCUGGAUUAACCCUUCAAUGUAUACCUAGCAGUUUCUCUGAAACUGCUAGGUUUACAUCUGAAGGGUUAAUACCUGGGGGACCUGGCAAAUUAAUUGAGCUGAAGUGGUCUGGGUGACUACAGUGUUACUUUAAGUUUGCAGGUAUUACAAAAGUGACUGUUGCCUUCUGGUAAAUAAAUCCCUUCCUCUACAGGAUAGUAAUCAUAACUAGAGUACAAAUGAGGAUAAGUGAGGCUUUAUCGACUAAAUUUCAUUCUGCACAAUACAUGAAAAUAAAAAUGUUUAUACUCUAUUUUUAAGUAGUGAAUUGGUUAAGCAUAAUUUACAUAGCGAGAUUAGAUUAGGGCAGUACCAUGAAUAGUAUGAUUUUAGGCUUUUUUUUUUUAAUUAUUAUUAUUAUUAUUAUUAUUAUUAUUAUUAUUAUUAUUAGAUUGAGGGAUAUCUAGCAGUCAAAUGGUUUAAAAAAAAAAAAAAAAAAAAAGUUGAACAAACUAAAAAUCAUGAGUCACAGGCUCCCCAUAUAGCACAAAGCAACCACCACAGGCUCCAUCUGCGUUCUGACAGUCCCAUGACCCAUUAGCUUCACCAUUUGUCAGUGACAGAACCUUGAGAUGGUAUAGAUUCCUGAAAAUAUGGAGAUUGGUAGAACAAAGAGAGUAAAUAGGGAGUCAUAGGUCUAUGUGUCUGAGUCUAUGGCGUGGGCAGAGUGCUCCUCUUUUCCGACCCCGGCUCGCCUGGCCCUCCUUCCUGUGUCUCUCCUUCAUCCCCUAUAUACUAGUUUCGGAAUACAUCUGAGGAGCCAUGGUGCCUAAAUAUCUCUGUCUGUGCUCUACUAUGCACGGAAUACCACUGCUCAUCCUGGACCUGUAGUUCCUCCAUCUUGGUGAACCACAGCGAUAAUUGUGGGGCAAAGUUCUUUUUCCAGUAAAGAUGUAAUAAGUGCUUUGUAGUAUUUAAAAUGCAGAUUGUCAGGAGUGUUUAUAUUGGGAUGAAGGGAAAGUAGUGUGGUGUACCAGGUAUGGAACCAGCAAAAAAGGUGGGGGAAUGACCGUGAAUUUGCUGUAUGAUUGGGCAUUCCCACCAUAUAUGGAGGAAGGUUUCAACCUCCCUCCCACACCUCCAGCACUUUCCAUCAAGGUCAGGGUACACUGUCUUUAGACAAUCUGGUGUCGUAUACCACUGCAUAAGAACUUGGCUCUUACUAGCUUGUACUUUUUGUGCAAUUGGUUCUCUGAACAUUUCCCCUACGGCCUGUUCCCAUUUCAAUUUAAAGGGGGUGGGGGUUGCCUCUGCUGUUACUAAAGUAUAGAAUAGAGGCAGGAUAUACCAUGUGGCAUAGGGUUAGGGUCCUGACCAUGCAAUCCAAAGGGCGUGAAGUCGCUAUGUAUGGCCGGUUGUUGUGGUAUGGAGGCGACAAAAUCCCUAAGCAUAUAUUAUUUAUGUUGAGAAAAGAUAAGCGUUUCCUUUCAUGUUAUGAAGUGUAAGUCUCUUCCACAGGUCAUUUUUAUGUCCCACUUUUGCGCGCGGAAGAUAACUCCUCUUCCCCCGUCAUUGGAGCUCCAUGGUCCCCAGAACAGUCAGACUUUCUCUCACAGAGACGGUACACGGGCAGCCCUAAAGAUCCAUUGUUGGCAGUGAGAGCAUUUGCUGGGCCCAUGAGCCCUUCCAAGGUGAGCAGAAGGAAGAAUUUAAUGUAUGCAUAAUUUUUGAAAGAAUGAUUACUUUCUCCUUUUAUGAGGGACAUAAACCUCAACUCUUUCAGUCCUGUGGUGCACCGCUGGUUACCUCCUCCUGUGCCCAUGGAAACUCCAGCACCGAGCCAAACCUGUCGGUAAAGGGCUAAGCUCAGUGGCUGAGAGCGCUUAGCCAAUGAGAUUGCCCCAUACAGGAAGGGGGUAAUAGCUCCACAGGAGGGUGCACCUAGUGGCCCCUGUCAAAUUGUUAACCUCAAACAUUGUUUAUCCUGGGAUUGCACUCUUGGCACCAUAACCACUACAGCAGUGGUUAAGGUGCUUGAAGUAUACCUCUUUUAAGUGCAGCAUGUAAUGAAUUUUAUUUUUCUACAUCAGUCCUAUUUAAUCUUUAUUAUAGAGUCAAUGGCUUUUCUGCUGUUUACAAUUACAUUUGUCAUAGCAUUUUGUGUACAGAACACACCAAAAAAGUGUCAACUUUGAAUGAAAGGGUUUGUAUGUGUGUCUCUCAGGCAGAGGAUUUUCGAAAAAUGUGGAAAACCCCACCAAGGGAUAGAGCUGGAUUCUUUCAUAAUGUCAGAAAAACUGAUCCUGAAAGAGGUGCUGAACGAGUAGGAAGGUAAGCCGAAACGUUUUUUGAAAGCUGUGCCCCCCCUCCAUCCCUCCCCCGCCCAAUAGAGCAUGUUAUAAAUGGCUUUUUUUUUUUUUUUUUUUUUUUAAAGCUGUAUGACCAGUAACCUGUAAAACUGACACUUGAGACAUCAGAAGCACCACUUCUCUUUGAAUAAAGUUUGAAAGUUCUCCUUUCCUCUCUUUUGUUAUAAUCUUUAGUGCUACUGAACUCACUAUAUAUUUAGCUCUGAAUUUUUGUGUAGGGCCUCUCAUGGAUUUCUGAUGUUUCUUGCUCUGCAGCUCUUUUCAUGCAUAGGACUUUCCAGUCACUAAUUAAUUAAAGCACAUUUGACUUGUGCAUACAGUCUUCUAUACUGCAUGUCUUUAAAUCCUAAACUCAUUGUGCAGAGCCGGACUGGAAUUAUAGGACUUGUCUAUGGGGCGAUAAUGGCUGUUAUGUGGAGGAUAGGGUCUGCAGUGUAAGGUUGCACUUAUGUACUUUUGCUAAAAGCACUCUGUGUAGGGGACAAAAGACGACUGUGGUGUGUGUUUACAUUAACAAUACAACCCCCCUUUCCCCCCCAAAAAUAAUUUGUAGAGGCUAUAUGUUCUGUAAUGUGGUCUGAAGGUAUCAAAGAAAUUUAAAGGUUAUGCCCCCUCCCCUUUGCUUAUCCUGGGGUGGGGUGGUUUUCUGAUCCCUUGUGGGUCCUCUGGGUUAGAAGCAUCCUUUGCACCUCCAGCAGUGCAAAUUGCUCCUUCCUCUAUGCUUUUGGUAAUAUGUGUUGCAGUGUGGUAACCUGUAGCAAGGCUGUGAUCGGGUUCCAGGAGCAGAUUACAGCAGCCCCACUGCAUUAUAGAGGUCUGGCUGGUGAGGCCAGCAUUCAAGUAGCAUUGGACCUGGUCAGCCUUGGAUCAUGGCCAUCGAAGCCCACCAUGCAUUUGUCCGCUGGCCAAUCUGUGCCUGGAGUUCCCUCAUUUUAAAAAAAAGUUGUGUUUUUUUUUUUGUUUGUUUUUUUUCCCUUAUAUAUUCAUAACCUUUUACAGACUCAAACCACGUGGCCUUCAGGGCCAGCCACAUUCAUAGAAACUGAAGGUCCAUUUUUAUUUAAAUUCUUUUUUUCUUUAGUCUCUAGAGAAGGAGUGGCUCAGACUCCUUUGCAAGGCAUACGAUUUGAGCAUGGUUAGAAGGGAGUAGUGUAGCAGUCUUCAGUAACAUUGCACAACCGGUGCCAGGAAAGCAAGGAGAGUUACUGUUACACCUAUUGUGCAGAAGUGCGUCAUAUACCCCUGCUGUCAAGAUUUCAUAUGUGAAAGUACCCUUUAUAUGCUGAACUGCAUAUAACUUUGUGGUGUGUUAUUUAUUUAUUUAUUUUUUUAUAUAGAGAGCUGGCCCAUGAGCUUGAUAUCCCAUGGCUGGAGUAUUGGGAUUUUCUUGGUUGCUUUUCUGACCUCUCUUCCCAGGAGGGCCUGGGAAAACUGGAAGAAUUUCUGAGCAAGAGGGAGUCUAGUGAGAGAACACUGUUAGAAUCUGAUCAUGAAUUCUGCAACAAAUAUAAAACUCCAUCUCCUUCAGGUAACUCAGAACCUUGGCUAUUGGCACACUCAUAGGUCUUCUCUUGAUGCUAGAAUUCAGCAUGCCACCUAGUUUACAUAUUUACUAUAUUUACUGUACCUCUACAGUUUUUGAUGUUUAAUGCAACUGUCAUGCUUUACUGCCAAAUAAAUAUAGGGUUAAUUGUAAAAACUAGUUUUGUUAUUCCUUUACUCUUAUCCUCAAUAGGCAGAAACAGAAAAUUUUGCAAUUCGAUAUCAGUUGGAGCGUUUCUUGAUGAUGAGGAAGACAUGAGCAUAGAGAUCAAAAACCGUCAGAAUGCUGCUCUAAAACGCAGCCCUUCGCUGGCUUCUGCAGAGACCAUCUCCACACCAGAGUGUAUCAUUGACACACAUGUUCAUCCCAACAGCACCCAACAUAACCAGGCUAAACCUGGUUUCUGUAGUCCAUUGUGCAGUGAACGGAUACUUCCUGGUGAGAAUCGUCAUCAGGCUGUGGAAGAAGGAAUGCUGUCUCCAGUCUCAAACCUCAUGGCAGAGUUUGAAAAGCUCUCAUUUGCAGAUUUAAUGCAAUCUGACAAUGAUGCACAUUGGAAAGAUGACUCUCCCUUUGCAAAUGAGGCAACAAUUUCUCACAAUAUGAGUCAAGCAAAUAUUUCUGGUAACAAAGCGGACACUUUAGCUGGCAGAUUAUCAACACAGACAGAAUGUUGUGGCUUGACACAGGUUGAGCAGCUGUUGCCUGACUUAAGCCUUAAGGACAAUCCAUCUCCACCAGGCCAGCCUGAGCUGGCAGGCUUGCAUACCUCUUCAGGAUCUCCUAUCCAUCAACUAGUCAUGACGACUCCAUCCAAAAACCAAAGCACUAAAACUACUUUCUUGCUCGGGUAUGUAAAUAAGCCAAUAGAGGGUAGAGUAGGUUUCAGUUGAACCAGGCUACUAUACUACUACAGAGUGUGACAAAGACUGUUCAUUAAAUGUUUGUGUUUUUUUUUUUGUUUUUUUUUUCGAACAUAUAAAAUUUCACACUCAGAAUUUGGGGGCCACAUUGUUCUUGACUAUAUCUCACUGAAAAAGAAUGCAUUCACUUUUUGAAGCUAAACAAGUUGGAUGUUAUGACACAUAACUAGUGAAUCUCAGUUCAGCGCAGAGAAUUGUUUUGACAUAUAGCAGCAUGCGUUAAUUACACUGCAUGAAGGCAAGAAAAAAACUAAAUAUUUUACAUAUUGGGGGGGAAAAAAACCUUUCCAUAAAUUCUUUAAGGUGAAAAUGCAUGUCACUGUGUAAAAGUUUGUUUGUUUUUUUUAUUUCAGAAAAGAACCUUCUAAGCUAGACAGUAAUGUACUCUCAGCUGUGGAACAUGUUGAAAUUGAUACCCAGAAAUACCCCUGCAUUUCUCGGUGGAUAGAAGCCAUUCAGUCAUAUCCCAGCUCAGAUCGGCAAAGGUAUUGUAAAACACGUGCAUAGAUGUGCUGCGUACUUCAACAAAACUUAAAAUGAACCCAUUGUGAAUGAAUAUACCCCUUGCCUAAAAUGAUCUAUGUAGGUCAGGCCUGCAGUACAUGCAGGUCGCUUGUGGCCAGUCCUAAAAAUUUUGUGCAGCUUGCAGGGUCCCAGGCCUGCGCUACCAUAAGGCGGCACACUGGUUUAGGGGGUGCAGGAUAUGUUUGACCAGUAGGAGGAGAGCGCACAGCAUGGCUGAUUUGUGGACCGUGGAAAGGGAGCUCCUGUUACUUCUCCCCAGUCUCACAGGAAGUGCUCACUGAGAAACAAAUAUACUUUGUCUAAAUAUGCAUAGGGAUUUGGGGUAGUGCAUAGGUAACUCUUUGGUUUUUAUUGUAUGUAUUUGGGCUGACGUGUACUAUGGUAAUUGCUGAAUAGUGGGAUUUUGAGCGCAGGACUUAUUUGGGUGUAUCAGUCUUCCCUCAUGUUGCUGAAAUGUUUGCUUCAUUGUGAACUCGCUUGCAUCUGAACUGACUGACAUCAGUCAUUCAGUUAAUAUUCGUCUAGCACAUGUACCGUGGUUGUUGUCCUGGAGUAAGAGGGCUCUAUUACUCUCCCCUGUCAGUCAGCUAAUGAUUUAGAGGACUAUGCUGACUCUGUGCUGAAGAAUUGAUUGACUUGUGGAAGGGACUAUAUUUUUAUUUAUUUUUUUUAAAUAAAACAUUUUAAACAGUCUAUGUAAUUGCGAGUACAAUGUAUAGAUAGAAUUGAAUUUCUGUUUCUACUAAAUAAAUUUGGGCAUUCCAUAACAGGUGAACUUUAAAACCCAGUACGAUUUUGUUUUCAGAAGUUGGCCUUAAACAAAUACUUGGAAUGCAGGACUUCCAAUCAAUGGCAGCUAGAUAUGUUAACAAUCAGACUGUGGAGCUAGAUCUGGUUUUAUUAUGUGUUUUACUGUAUGUUGUGUUGGGUUUGUUUUUAUUUUUUUUUAUUUUUUUUUACUAAUCACACGUGCAGAAAUUAUCCACCUCUUUUAAUCUGUUUGUUUCUGGGAUGAGAUGUACUAAACUCAAACUGCAGGCAAUUGCUCAGAGCACCUGCCUUACAAAGACUUCUAAUUGAGCUAUAUUGGAAAGUCUGUGGUUGGACAGUGACAGAAAGCCUCGGCUGGGUUAGAAGGGGAGGGUUUGCAAAAGCAGCAUAUAAGAGAUCUGCAACUGUUCAAUAUCCCAGAGUAAAAAAUGCAUAAUUAAAUGCAUGCAUAUUUUCAUUAGAGGUAGUCUACUAAAAAGUGUUAUAUAUUGCAUGUGGGCUCUGGAAUGUACCUUUAAUUACUUUUUAUUUUUACACCACAGUUGGCCAAGUCCAGCAGUUCUAUCAGGAAAAAACAAGCCUCAAAUAUUCAACUCUCCUGGAAGCCAUGGAUUUUCUACACCUGGCCGGCACAGUCCUAUACCUGGAAGCCCAGGAAAAUACACAAACACUCCUGACUUCAGUAGUCCUGGAAGAUACAGCCCAGCUUAUGCAAGCCACAUUCAAAUACUGAGAUUGCGCCAGUUUUCGGACCACUCUGCCAUUUAGAACCUACUUUGUCAUUUUACCUGCCCUCUUACCCCAGAAAGAUGUACAUGUGACUCGUGAAGAGAUCCAUGCCUCUCUGUUAAUGCAUCAUGUCUGAAAGGUGAGCCACCUGUUUUAAUGAGUGGUUGACUAGGUCGUCACCUGACAAGAAGAAAAAGGGAAAAAAUGGGUCUUGUACUGUUUUCUUUGUGAAUAUGUUGAUGUUGUCACUAUUGUCUUCUGGACUGUAUUACUGAACAGCUGUUUUAUUAUGCAUCAACCGUGUUUUUAGUUUUUAAGAAAAAUUGUACUUAAAAAAAUAAAUAAAAAAAAAUUAAUAAAAUAGUAGUCACAGUCAGGAAAUAUGCCAAGUAAACAAUUUGGCAAUUGUCUGCUGACAAUAUGACCUAUAUAUAUGCCUAAUUAGUGAAUCACUAGCACAGAGCAAUAAUUUUUUUGUCAAUCUGUGUAUAGGCCUCUUGCAUACUACAGUGCUUUCCCCUGCUCUUUGUAUUGGUACAAAUGUUAUGAUUGCAUUACAAUGGUUAAGCCCUCCACAAGAAAUAAUUUUCCUGUCUGCAUAUAGUUCAAUCAGAAGCGCUUUAGUGGCCUUUCCAGAUUUUAAAUUGGAUGAUUGUUUAAAACUGUAAAUGUUUUAUUUCCCCCAUCCAGUACUAAAGGUAUUAAGAAAGUACAGUAAUUAAAUAUAUUGAUUUUGGGGCAUAAUUGCAGUCAUUGGUACAUAUUUUGUGGUUUGGUUUUCUUUUCCUCUUUCCUUCUUUCUUAUGGAAUCUGUAGACUUGCCUCUCAUAUAGGUUGCAAAGGUACCAAUUCAGAAUGCAUUCCAUUCUUCAAAAAAAGUGUUUUGAAUGUUUAACUGAUUAUCAAAUGUGUUUUUUUUCUUCUUAUUAGAAGCGGUAUUUUUUUCCAUUUGUUAUAUAAUUGCAGUUUUGAACACUUACUAGUACUUCCUUUUUUUUUAUGUUCCGGAAAAAAUCAGUCAAUCAUGUACUUUCUUGCAAAGAGAAUGCAAGCCACACAAGUUACAUGAAUUGUUAAUCCAAAUAUAUUAUAACUUCUGAAUUAUUUUUUUUUUUUUUUCUUUCUUCACAAAUUAGAUCUUUUUUCAAUUCUGGGGUUGAGAGAGAGAUUUUCUCCCCCCCUCCCCUUGCCGUUCUGGGGUAGUGUGGAGUCCCAUGAAACCCUAUGCAGUCAAGCAAAGGGUUAUGGGAUAGAUUUGCAUAUCUUGAGGGCAAAUAUUGAUGUACAAAUCUGCGCAGUCAUACUCUUAUUGACCCACUGUCUGCUUUACACUCUGUAAGUCAAAUAAGUUACCAACAUGCACUUGUGCCUAAUAGGGUUGAGAAUCCUUUCAUAGAUGUGUUUUAGAUCAGUGGCAAAAUAAUGUCAUACAUUACUUUGGUAUCCUUUAAAUUGCAAAAACUAUGCAUAUUGCUUGGAAAAUCUUGACUUUUCAUCGUUAUGAAAUUCUUAAUUUGAGUGGAAUGCUAUCACACCCAUAUUGGCAGUUUCCAGUCCUGCAACUAGAACGGUCAUGGGUAAUGCUUUGUUAGGAUAGUUAAAGCUGCCUUAGAGGGGCAUGAGCUAUCCAAGAGUGCAGAAUCUAAUAUUGUAAAUGUAGUUUGUUAAAAUUUGCUAGCAAUUCAGUUUUAACCAAAAAAAGAAAUCAUUAUUCAUUACUGCAUUUUUUAAUUUUAUUUUUGCUUGCAGCAAACUUGUACCCUUUCACCUGUAGCUAAAACAUCCAGUUUAACCCUAGGCUGAACUGGCAAAGAGGUUAAAUUGCUUAAAAAUCGAUUCCUAUAGGAAUUAAUUGUGUGGGUGUUUUGGUUUUGUUUUUUUCUUUCCCCUUGUGGGAUGGUGAACAGAUUUGGGAAAAUGGAAUUCAGUUAUCUUUCUAAUGAGUGUAAAAAGGUCUUUCUGUUGCAAAAUUAGUAUAUUUUAGUAUUCCCCCUGUGCUUUUAAAUAAAGUGCCAACAAAAUGGUCUUUUAUGUAUUUAAUCAUCCAAUUUGUCAAAAUGUUUAAAAUAUAUUUAUGGCUAUAAUCAAGCCACAAAAUAAUGUUUUAUGUGCUGGCUAAUAAAACAAAUGAGCGCGAGUGUCUCCUACUUUGAUCUCAUAUGUUUCUAAAUUCGGCAUCAUACAAAAAGGGAGCUUGCUGAAUCUGUAC